AGGUGCGGCUAGUUUGGGAGACUACAGUUGCUGCAAUGGGGGCGUAGCUCAUUGUGACGAUCGAUCAAUACCUAAAUUGUAAAGUAAAAAGAUGUCUUCAGCCAUGGCACCUUCUGAAGCAGGCACAAUGGAGUGUGUCAUGUGUCACGCACCAGGUGACUAUCGUGUUGAGGAGGUGGGUGUGCCUGAGGUGGGGGAGGGAGAGCUGCUCGUCAAGGUCCUCGCUGUCGGCAUAUGUGCUGGAGAUGCUAAAUGCUUUGCUGGAGCUCCCUACUUCUGGGGUGAUGAGGUACACCCACGCUAUGUGGAGCCUCCAGUUAUCCCCGGCCAUGAGUUCAUAGGAGAGGUGGUCAAGUUGGGACCAGGUGCUCCAGAGCAGUACAAUGUGGAGGUUGGGGACCAUGCCAUUGCUGAGAAUAUAGUACCAUGCUGGGAGUGCCGCUACUGUAGGAGAGGCAGUUACAACAUGUGUGUACCUCACAAUGUGUUUGGGUUCAAGCAAGCAUCUCAAGGAGCCAUGGCAACCUUCAUGAAGUACCCUAAAGGAGCUAUUGUUCACAAGGUCUCUAUGAGCAUCCCUCCCGUCCAUGCUGCCUUCAUUGAGCCAUUAGCAUGCUCUGUACAUGCUGUGAACUUAGGGGAGAUACAGAGAGGGGACGUGGUGGUGGUGAGUGGGUGUGGUCCCCUUGGACUAGGAAUGGUGGCAGCUGCAAAACUAAAGUCUCCAAAAACCCUCAUAGCACUUGACCUUUACGACUGGAAGUUAGAGAUUGCUCAGAAGUGUGGUGCCGAUGUUGUCCUCAACCCUACCAAGUGUGACCUCUACGCUGAGGUGGGUAGACUCAGUGAGGGCUAUGGCUGUGAUGCGUAUAUAGAGGCCACUGGUCACCCUCAGAGUGUGAGACAAGGGCUGCAGAUGAUAGCCAAACAUGGCCGCUUUGUGGAGUACAGUGUAUUUGGGAAGGAGACCUCUGCUGAUUGGACCAUCAUCUCUGACGCUAAAGAGCUGACGAUCAAAGGUGGUCACCUUGGCCCGUACUGCUAUCCAGUGGCUAUUUCUAUGAUUGAGAAGAACCAGCUCCCCUUGGAAGACAUCAUUACACACCAGCUAACAUUUGCUGAGCUGGAGAGAGGCAUUGAGCUGGUCAACAAGAGUGCAGAGUCCAUCAAGGUUGUCCUGCUACCAAGCUAGCUUACUUGAACUAGUGUAUACCUAGUUAGAGCUUGGACAUGCUAUAUAAUUAUAAUGUACUUAAUUUUUUGAUAUUAUUGUUCAACAGUCAUUGCACGAUCCUGA